AUGUCAGCAGCUCUCAUCAUUUUUAUCAGUAUCAGUGGGGACGAUGAAACAAAGUGUGACAGCAGCUUGCUUGACUCUUGUAAACUCAUCGAUCUGCAGAGAGAUUAUCGAUCGAUCGAUCAAUUGAGAGGCGCGUGGAGUGAACAAACUGAUAUUGGUGAUGAUGAGUUUGAUUUGAAUGGUAUUUCGUGCGUUUUGGCUGCGUUCAGUUGGAAAUAUGAUAAUUGUGAUGUUUUGAGUUAUAAUGUGCUGUAUAGAUUGAUGGUGAUGAUGGCAAAUCGUGGUAGACUUAUUCGGUUAAUCAUGUCUUCUUGCGGAGAAAAGAGAAGAGACGAGUAUGAGUGUUCACUUUUUUAUUACUAUUUUUGGUUAUUAUUGAUGUGUUUAAUCGACGCUGCAAUGAUGGAAGACAAUCUAUUUUCAAUUGAAAGAAGAUCUGGUGCGAAGUGUGCAAUGUCCGACACAAUUGGACAAGAUUAG